AUGUUUGGGUCCAGGGUCCAGGAUGAGGUGGAGAUGCAGAGGAGGCCUAACAACAGGAUCUUUCCUGAUGAGAGACAAAAUCAAUCUAAGCCAUUAUAUCAAACUGCACGGGCCGACAGAUUUGGUGCAAAUAGAAUGGAUCUGAAGAAUCCUGAGAAGCUUAAGGUGUUAAAUGAAGGCAACAAACCGUGGCACCAGCGUAUUCUAGACCCUGGGAGUAAUAUUGUACUGGGAUGGAACAGGGUGUACCUUGUGGCAUGUUUGUUUGCUCUUUUCAUAGAUCCUUUUUUCUAUUACCUUCCAUUGAUUAGACAAAAUGGCAAUUUAUCUUCAUGUGUUGCCAAGGACCAGGGACUGAGCAUAAGAAUCACUGUCCUACGAUCACUUGCUGACUUAUUUUACAUGUUGAACAUAGCAAUCAAGUUUCAUACUGCAUAUGUGGAUCCAAAGUCCAGAGUCCUCGGAAAGGGAGAGCUUGUUGUGGAUAUUAAGAAGAUUCAACGAAGAUAUAUAAGAACUGAUUUCUUUGUAGACAUACUUGCAGCUGUGCCACUUCCACAGGUUACUGUAUGGUUAAUUAUGCCUGCGAUAAAAAGCUCAGAUUAUAACAUCCGAAACACUACAUUUGCUCUUGUAAUUGUGAUUCAGUAUGUCAUAAGAAUGUAUCUCAUCAUCCCUUUAAGCAAUCAGAUUAUCAAAGCUGUUGGAGUAGUUGCAAAGUCAGCUUGGGGGGGAGCAGCAUACAAUCUUCUGCUCUACAUGCUUGCAAGCCAUAUUACUGGUGCAAUAUAUUAUCUUCUCUCCAUUGAACGGCAGAUUACAUGCUGGGAUCAGCAGUGCGUUGCUGAGUACAAUGAUAAACAUUGCAACUUGAGAUUUAUAAGUUGUGAGAAUAAUGGUUCUAAUGAUUAUUCUGUGUGGGCAAAUAACACAAGUAUAUUUGUCAACUGUGAUGCCAAUAAUCCUAAUUUAUCAUUUAAGUAUGGGAUGUUUUCUAGUGCACUGAGUAAAGGCGCUGUCUCAUCUCCAUUCCUUGAGAAGUACUUCUUUUGUCUAUGGUGGGGUUUGCUGCAGCUUAGUUCAAGCGGGAAUCCUCUCGUGACAAGUGCAUUUAUCACAGAGAACUUAUUUGCUAUAGCAAUUGGCGCUAUCAGUCUCAUACUCUUUGCUCAGUUGAUUGGCAAGAUGCAGACAUACCUGCAGUCUAUCAGUAAAAGGCUUGAAGAGUGGAGGCUGAGGCAAAGGGACAUGGAUGAGUGGAUGAGACACCAUCAACUCCCAUCUCAUCUUCAAGAACGUGUCCGGCGGUUUGUUCAAGUUAAAUGGCUUGCUACAAGAGGAGUAGAAGAAGAGUCCAUCUUGCAAGCUUUGCCUGCUGACAUACGUCGGGAUGUGCAGCGUCAUCUUUGUUUGGACCUUGUUAGACGUGUACCCUUUUUCUCUGAGAUGGAUGACCAACUUCUUGAUGCCAUCUGUGAGCGGCUGGUGUCUUUCCUGUGUCCUGAAAAUACAUACAUCUCCCGCGAGGGUGAUCCUGUGAAUGAGAUGCUUUUUAUCAUACGUGGGAAACUAGAGAGCUCAACAACAAAUGGUGGCCGUAGCAACUUCUUCAACUCUAUCAUCCUGCGCCCUGGUGAUUUCGCAGGUGAAGAGCUGCUCACUUGGGCCCUACUUCCAAAGACCAAUGUCCACUUCCCACUUUCAACAAGGACUGUACGGAGCCUCACAGAGGUGGAAGCCUUCGCUCUGCGAGCUGAAGACCUGAAGUUUGUCGCAAACCAGUUCAGAAGGCUUCACAGCAAGAAGCUCCAGCACACAUUCCGGUUCUACUCCCAUCACUGGAGGACCUGGGCUGCCUGCUUCAUCCAAGCUGCAUGGCGGCAGCACCAGAGAAGGAAGCUGGCUGAGAGCCUCAGCCGAUGGGAGUCAUACUCAUGGUGGUCAGAGGAUCACCCAACUGGUGAUAUACCCAGACAGGAGGGCACCUCAAGCGGCGGCACAAGGACGAUUGCUGAAGGUGCCAUUGCCCAUAUGCAUAAGCUUGCCUCUGCUUCCAGAAGGUUCCGCACCGAGGACAUUGCUAUUUGCAGGUUGCAGAAGCCUGAUGAGCCUGAUUUCUCCGCAGACCAUUUUGAUUGA